AUGGCCGUGCGCAUCUUCUGCAACUCCUGCCUGUGCGAGCCCCGCAGCCCCACGCCGCGGUUCUGCCUCACCAACUGCGGCCACGUUUUCUGUGAGGUUUGCCUGCAGAAAGGCAAAAAAGAUGAAUGUCUGGUCUGUAGGAGGGCUUGUCGUACCUUAGUCCUUUCAAAAGAGACAAGUGCUGAUAUUCAAUCACUGUUCAUGCCAGUAGACGUGUUAAGCAAGAAAUAUUCAAAAGAAAUAUCACAGGUAUCAGAAUUUCAAGAAAAAUAUCGUAAGCGUUUAUUAAAACACCAGAAACAAAAGAUAGCAAAGCUGGAAGAGUCUCUCAAGAAAGUAACACAACAAAUUCAACAGUUACAAUGUAUGAAACCUCCUGAAAACACCACAGCACUGCCAUUUGCCAGUACGAGCAGAAAUCCAUCCAUUCCUUCAAGAAAACAGAAUGUUUAUUCUUCAUAUUCUCUUCAUUCGAGUCGUCCUUCCACUUCUGAAACGAUGGAGGCAAUGGAGAUUGAUCCUGUACCUUCACCAAUGAGGAAACUGGAGACACCAAAUGGUCCAACAAGAUUAUCAGUAAUAACUCCUCCACAGGGUGGACGGAUGGGGAGUGUAUCCUACAGGACUUCUCAGAUAGCUCUAAUAAAGCCAAGGCAGAGUAGUGGAACAGGAUCUACAAGAUCCACCCCUGUGGUGAGAUUACCACAUAGUUCUUGUCCAUCAUCAUCUGGAUCCCAAAGCAGUCAAAGGGGAUCCUGGGCUAAUUCUGAUUUCAGAACCCCUCAGCUGUAUCCAUUUACAUCACCUUCCCCACAGCUGCCUCUGUCCAGGCAGCCAAUCACCAUCUCUGGACUUCUGCAAAGACAACAAGGAUCAACUAAUUUAGGAGGACGUUCAGCAGAGAGAUGA